CCGGUCUCCGCCUACCCCUUACUCAUACCCGAACCACCAUUAUACGGGUAGUACGAUCCCGACAACUCCGACGAAACAUUUUAUCACAGCCCCUCGUUUGUUGUCCUCUUCUCUCCCUCCUCCCUCUCUGCCUACGGUUUACCGGGCAGCUCUGUUUGACUAUAUAUACAGCAUAUAUUUACAUUUAUUUGGCCAACGUGGCCACGACAGCCAUGGCUUUGCACAUCAGCAAUACCGCUUUCGUGAAGGCUUUGUCACGGUUAUCCCCAGCGACCGGUAGGCCAGUUGUGGGCUGCCGCAGGUCACCUUGGGUCCAUCUCCAUCUUCCUCUUCGCCAGCGACCGGUAGGCCGUGACUGCUUGUGCGCGCAAUCGACGGUCGUGGGCGCUCGCAGGGUCUGGCUCUCGGGUCGUCCUCGGGUCGACGGGCAACGGCAAUCGUCGUUGACCUGUGCUCUGCAGAAGAAGAGUAUGGCUUUUGGUAGCAGCGAAGUGGGAAGUAACGUGAUGCCUGGAGUCAAGGCGGAGCUGGGAAUCGAACUCGUGCCCUGCUUUUCUGAUAAUUACGCUUAUCUUAUCCAUGAUGAGGAAAAGGGGGUAACAGGGAUCGUGGAUCCGUCGGAGGCAAGGCCUGUAAUUAAGGCCUUGGAGAAGAGAGGGCUGGCACUCACACACAUACUCAAUACCCAUCAUCAUCACGACCACACGGGGGGGAAUCUUGAGCUUAAGCGGAGGUACGGAGGAGCGCAGGUGGUGGGGCCCGCAGCUGAUAAGGCUAGGAUACCUGGAAUUGACGUGGCACUUCAAGAAGGUGACACGUGGCACUUUGGCAGUCACCUGAUGCACGUGCUCGAUACACCUGGCCACACAAGAGGCCACGUGUGCUUCUAUUUUCCCGCGAGUAACGCAGUGUUUACCGGCGACACGCUGUUCUCCGUCGGCUGCGGCCGUCUCUUCGAAGGCACGCCUGAUCAGAUGUGGUCAUCCUUAUCCAAACUAAUUAGUCUUCCCGCCAAAACGAGGGUCUUCUGUGGGCACGAGUACACCGAGGCCAAUGUGAGAUUUGCCCUCUCUGUUGAGCCCGACAACGAGGAGCUGCAGGCUCGUGCGCAGGAGGUGAAGGAGAUGAGGACACGUGGCAAACCCACAAUCCCUUCAACGAUUGGAUUAGAGUGCGCAACGAAUCCGUUCUUGCGACCUUCCUCUGAAGAAUUGCGGCGGCGAUUGAAAAUGGGCGGGAACGCAAAUGACGUGGAUGUAUUUGCAGCAGCAAGAAGGGCCAAGGACAGGUUCUGAGUAGAGUAGUAGCGUGUAGCUAUAGUGGAAAGGAUAGUCGGUGCUGGCUUUUUUUUUUUUUUUUUUUUCUCUCUAAAAGCUAGGCCAAUUGCAAAAUGGGCGGGAACUGUUGUCUAGAGAGGAAACAAACAAGAAAAAAAAAAGGGCGGGAACACAAAUGACGUGGAUGCAUUCGCAGCCGCAAGAAGGGCCAAGGACAGAUUCUGAGUAGUAAGUAGUGUGUAGCUAUAGUGGAAAGGAGAGCCGGUGGGUGUUUUUUUUUUUUUUUUUUUUUUUUUUUUUUCCGGGUCUUAAGCCUGGCCAACUGCAAAAUGGGCGGGAAUGCAAUUUGAAUUUUGAGAGGGGAAAAAAAAGUGCGGGAACUGUGUUUAGAAACAAAACCUUUAAAAAAGGGCGGGAACGGAUGAUUAGAAACAAAACAGAAAAAAGGGCGGGAAUACAUGAUUAGGAACAAACAGAAAAAAGGGCGGGAACACAAAUGACAUGGACGUAUUUGUAGCAAGAAGAAGGGCCCCAAGGACGGGUUCUAAAUAGUGUAUAGAUGUAGAGGAAACGUGAGGUGUUUUCCCCCCCCCCCUUUUCUGUGAAAAGCGAGGAAAAGCUUGUGGAUGUCAUCGUUAGGAGCAAGCUCGUACAUCCAUAAGGAACUG